GUGAAAUUAAUUAGUGACACACACACCUGCAGCUGCUUGUUUUUCUUYGAUGAUCUCCAGCUCCUCGGGGAAGAACAGAUGAUGGCUGCAUUAAUUGUGCUGUGGCUCUGUUACCAGUGAGGMAAUGCAGAAACAGUUUGCAUUCAGCCCAGCCGAGCAUGAAACACUUUGAACAGGUUACCUUUUAAUUGGUCUGAGCCCCCAAGGGGCCUUGGGGUGUGUUAUUGACUUCAUGUUAAUGAAUUUAUCCAGUUGGGUUCGUCAUUACCAAAGUGCUCACUUCUCUUUUUAAAACUGACUUUGCUGCAACAUUUUACCUUCAUCUCCAAAGUUCAGAAUCGCUGUUGAAAGAUAAAUUUCAGUUCUCUCAAGGACUCAGGGAGUGCAUCAACUUUUAGGUCGCUUGUCAAAAUGGAAAAUCUCACGCCGGAACAAUGGCGCGAGAUAAUGAACAAGAAGAUGCGCUUCCCUCCGGAGCUCCUCACCGCCAUCCAGGAAGGGAAGAUCGAGCUGCUUAGCGGGCUGCUGAGGACAGGCGAUGGCAUCAUCCGUCAGCUGGAUGAAUCUGAGGAUCGUCAGUGGAGAGAGGCUCUCAACCUCUCUAUCCGCCUGGGCAGUGAGGACGCCAUGGACGCUCUCCUGCAGGGGGUCAAGUUUGACUUCAGGCAGAUUCACGAGGCCCUGCUAGUCGCUGUGGACACYAACCAGCCCAGAGUGGUGAAGCGUCUGUUGGAUCGUUUGGACCAGGAGAAAGGCAACAAGAUGGAUGUCCGAUCCUUCUCCCAGGCGAUCUUUGACCGCUCCAUUGACAACUCCCAGUUUGCCCCUGGUGUGACCCCUUUGACUCUAGCCUGUCAGAAAGACCUGUAUGAGAUAGUCUCCAUGCUCACCCAGAAAGGCCACGGCAUCCCGUGGCCACACAAGAUAUCCUGUGCCUGUCUGGAGUGUCGCAAUGGCCGGCAGUAUGACCUGCUCAAGUUCUCUUUGUCUCGCAUCAACACCUACCGUGGCAUUGCCAGCCGGGCCUAUCUGUCCGUCACCUCUGAUGAYGCCAUGCUCAGCGCUUUUAGUCUCAGCAAAGAGCUCCGCAAGCUGUCACAAAAGGAGCCAGAGUUCAAGCCUCAGUACCUGAGCCUUGAAAACCUCUGUCAAGAGUUUGCUGUGGAAUUGUUGGGGAUGUGCCGCAACCAGAGUGAGGUUACCACGAUCCUGAACAGCUGCGGCGAUGACAGUCGUGAUUCCUUUGAUGAGCAGGCCUUUGAGGAGGGAAUACCUCCUUUGUCUCGUUUGAGGCUUGCUGUCAACUACAACCAGAAGCAGUUUGUGGCACACCCGAUCUGCCAGCAGGUUUUGUCAUCAAUUUGGUGUGGGCACCUGGAAGGUUGGAGAGGCAGCAGGAUAGCCUGGAAGCUCUUGGUCUCCGUCGGGAUCUUUCUUACCAUGCCCUUUCUUUGCCUCGUCUACUGGAUAGCACCCAAAUCAAAGCCUGGAAAGCUGCUUAAGAUUCCCGUCAUUAAGUUCCUCCUUCAUUCUGCGUCCUACCUGUGGUUUCUCAUCACUUUGCUCGGAGAAUCGAUAACCAUGGAGAUGUACCGGGAGAAGUUUGCUUCCCGGCAGCAAAACAUCCUGCACAGCUCCUUCCACAUGGUGUGGGUGGUUGGCUUCUUCUGGUAUGAGUGCAAAGAGGUGUGGAUCGAGGGACUGCGCAGUUACUUCCUAGACUGGUGGAACUGCUUGGACGUGAUGGUACUCAGCAUGUACUUGGCAUCCUUUACGCUGCGAUUGGUCAUCAUGCUCAAAGGCUACUUCCUCUGCCAGGAUCAGAGCAGCAAUGAGGACUGCRUCUACUUCACUCAGACUGUGCGUGACCAGUGGCAUCAGGAGGACCCACAGUUUAUUUCUGAGGUGCUGUUUGCUGUGACCAGCAUGCUGAGCUUCACCCGGCUGGCCUAUAUCCUGCCUGCACACGAAUCUCUGGGAACGCUACAGAUAUCAAUAGGGAAGAUGAUUGAUGACAUGAUGAGGUUCAUGUUCAUACUGAUGAUAAUUGGGACGGCCUUCCUCUGCGGCAUCAACAACGUCUACGUUCCUUAUGUCAUCUCUCCAAAUCUUGGCAGGUUCAAUGAGACCUUCAAGUUCUUGUACUGGACCAUGUUCGGGGUGGCCAACCAGGACUACGUGGACAUGCCUGAUUUUGUCUUGGCCGAAUUUGUCGGAAGAGUUCUGUAYGGCAUCUUCACCCUCGUCAUUGUCAUCGUCCUCCUCAACAUGCUCAUUGCUAUGAUYACCAACUCCUUUCAGAAAAUUGAGGAUGAUGCGGAUGUGGAGUGGAAAUUUGCCCGGUCCAAGCUGUACCUCAGUUACUUCAGAGAGGGCCUCACCAUGCCCGUGCCUUUCAACAUCAUUCCUUCUCCCAAAGCUGCAUUUUAUGUUUUAAGGGGUAUCUUCAGGCGAUUCUGCUGCUGCUGCAACAGGAACUCAGAGCAGAAAUAUCCCCCUCUAGCCUCUAUGUCCAGUGAUAAGGGCACCGAGGACAGUCAGCUCCCUUACCGGCAGCAGGUGAUCAGAGCUUUGGUGCAGCGCUACAUCGAGUCAGCUCGCAGGGAGUUUGAGGAGACCAAGAGGAAAGAUAUCGGAAAUCGGAUCACUGAGCUGAACAAAGCGGUCUCCAGGAUGCAYGGUGAAAUGAAGAUGAUCCAGCAGCUGCUGGUGACUGACGGACACGUUUCGAGCAAUGCGCUGACCAACGAUGGCGCCUCCGUUCUGGGGAAAUACAUCAUCGGCGCCAAGAACAACUUCAGAGGUUUCAACAGCAGCCACGACGACAAACACGCAUCCCUGAAAGUGAGCGUGCACCACGGAGCAGAAAAGGCUGAUCACGACGCACAGCAGGAGACAGAUAAACUGAGUCAGGUAGAUGAACAUGAGGAAGAGCUGAUGCAGGUGACUGAUUGCGAGGUGGUCAAUAUGGAGGAAGGCCAAGCCAAAUCUGUGAGGGAUGCAGAGAAAAGAGAGCCRGUAGAAGAACAGCAAAGUGAAAACAGCAACCAAGAGGWGGCGGCAAGAGGGAGAAGUUUUGAUGAUGUAGAAGGAAAGGUAGAAACCGCAAGGAGUGAAGAGGAGGUCAAUGCGGGGUCACGGGUGACAGAAACACACACAGAGACGGAGGCUGAGCCCACAGAGAGCGCCGCAGUCGGCUGCGAAGUGACAGACACCAAGAAACUAAUCAACAAGUUCAAAGACAUGGAGCUGAUGGAGAGACACACGGAAACAGGACGGAUGAAGGGGAACAGAUAUGAGAAGAAAGCCAGGGAGAGAGAUGGACAGAGUGGAAACAAGGAAGUGAUCCCGUCUCCAACAGGAAGCAGCAGCUCACACGACACGGGCUUCGGGUCACAGGAGGGGGAGGGCACCAUCGAUGGGGCACCAGUGAUUUAGGCUGAACGUUUCAAAUCUGGUAGAUCGGUUUGAUUAGUUAACUUGAAAUUAUGCAUUAGACAUAAAUAAAAACUACAGAUCAGCAAUUUAAUGUCACAAUAGGCUCUAAAGUUAACCAACUGUUGAUCCAGUCUUAAUAUCCUGAGAACUUUGUUAAAAUCCAGCAGUUCUGAGAAAUUCUGCUAACWGUUGACUUCACUGAUCGGUACUUCAGUUUUAAGAAAAAAUGUAUGAGUACAGCUUUGAGUAUGUAAAGUGAAUGUAUCUAAACUGCAAACAUGUCAAAUUUUACUUCAGCAUCUGUAAAUUUGACUGAGUAAAAGCUAAUUUUGUGUCUAAUGGGAACUGGUUGGAGGCCAUCUUGAACGGGGUUAGCCCCAAAACAAAAGGUGCUUUCCUAACAGGCACAAGAAGUUGGCUCCAAAUAGCUAACAGGGAAAAAAAAAAAAAAAAAAACUCUUGCACAAUCUGGUAACACAGGUGUAUUAACACAGAGAGACAUGGGCAAAACCAGUAGUGUCCAUUUUUACCUUUAAUUGAAAGUUAAAAUGUUGAGCUUUUACCUCGAUUAUAAUUAAUAAUAUUCAGAUGGAAAAAUGUGUCUAUUUGAAUCCAAAUUAAGUUUCCAUCAUAUGUAGAUUAUUCUGGACAGUCAUUUUUCAUCAAAUGCUUAAAACAAUUAGGGUACCAAAACAUCACAUUCUAGCUGUAAAGAUUCUCUAACCAGAUCAUUUGAAAUCCUUUUUUUUCAUCUGUAAGUGUGGAGGCUCACAGKUUUAGAGUUCACAAAUGAAUGUUCCUUCAGUGUUU